CAGAUGCUUAACCGACUGAGCCACCCAGGCGCCCCAUAGGUGCUUGAAUAUUGACAGAUGAACCCAAGAUUAAGGUUUCCCCUGCUAGCUGGAAUGAAAGAAUGGAAAAGAGGCAUCAAGAACACAGGCAAGAAUGUGGCUGAAAUGAUGGAAUGCAGAAUCUAAGCCACAUGGGUUCGAAAGACAAGCUAGAAAAAGGUCAGAGGGACAAAUGGAGGGGUUGCAGUUCUCCAUGAAACAAGAAGUCUGGAGGGAAUGACAGAGGACAAGAGAUUGUGGUCUCUUGCUAGAGGGGUUACCUGGAUAUAAGACUGUGCAUGAGCAAGGUGAGAGCAUGGCACACAGGGAGAGAACAGGAGAAGAAUGAGAUUUGCUGUCUUACAAAAACAAUUCCAACAACAGAUUAUGCAGUAGGCUACUGGUAAAUUCCUACUUAUGAACAGCCUGCUGAUCCUGCUGGCAGGGUAAUUACAAAGUUUGUUGGAAGCUAGAUCUACAUUCUCACACUAGCAAGAUGAGUUGUCCAGGGCAUACUGUGGUCAGGAAGUCCCCCCACCCCCAGCCCUGCCCAUCUGCUCCUCUGGACAGGUGGCUUGGUGGCAGCUCUGUCCUCAUGUCCAGUGGGUAAACCAGUUCAUUUGAAAUGUGUAUUAAGCUGCCUACUUUAUACAAAAACACUGCUAAGUCCUGAGGAUAUCAAGAUGGAUAAAUUACAGUCUUCCUAGGAGUAGUUAGUAAUUAGCAAGAACGACAGACACAUAAGUAAAAUAACAGUACAGUGAGAUAAAGUGCUAUAAACAAAGACUGGAAGAUGUAAAGGCAGGCUUUAUAGAAGAGGCAUUUGCACUGUUCAAGAGGAGUCUCCAGGCACAUAAAUAGGGAACGACAGACUGGGCUGUCUAGGCCGAAGGAAUCGUAUGAGGCUUGCAGGCUUGAGAGAACAUGACAUUCAAGAUUCUAAUUUGAAUCCAGAAUAGGGUUCCAAAAGGGUAAUGUACCUGGAGAAGUAAUAAAGAUCCAGGUCUGACAGGCCUCAUAUACCAAGCCUUUGGAGUUUCUCCUGUGUACUCAUGGUCAAAUUUUGAUCAAAAUGGUCAAAGUCCAGGCCUGUUAAAAAACCAUGAUGCCUAGUCACCUCCUGAUUUUGUGGACCCAGAGCUCCUUGUUUUUAAUAAGCUUCUAGCCGAAUGUGAUACACACCAAGAUUUGAGAACCACUGUUGCAGGGAAUAGUAUAUACAGUGUGUAGAGGUAUGAGUCUUCACAGCAGCAGAGUGGAAAAUGGACCCAAGAGGGGAGGUGCCCAGGAGACUAGCAAGGUGGUUGUCGUGGUAGUUUAGGUCAGAGAGGAUGGGAUCUGAACCAAGGUAGCCAUGGAGGGCAAGUAUUUGGAAGAUAUUGAGGAAAUAAGCAGCAGGGGGGCUUGACAGCAUUGAUCUGAGGAGGCUGGUGAUUGGGAUGGGAGAGUGAGAAACAGUCCCAGGUCUCUGGCUUCUCUAAGUUACUUUUUCUAAUUACAAAAUUCACUGAUUUAGCUAAAAACUCAAUCUCCUACUUCCUAGAACCUCACCUCCUCCUCCUGCAGAGAGGAGGGCUAGGUCAGAGAGGGUAGAAGAGGGUAAAUGGAGGACUUUUCAGGUCAGAAGCCACUUAGGAUAUUUUCCCCUGUACUAGAUACGUCUUUCCGCGGGGAAAGGGAACCUUAAGUCUGCAUCCUUAAAUGUUGCCCCCCGCUGGCCAAAAGGAAGUCACUGCCCCUGGGUCUGAUCUUCAAAAUUCCCCUAAUGGCAGACGCCCUCGAAGUAGCGGAGACAGGCAAAGGUAAACUUUUCCAGAAUAACCUUCAAUACGAAAUUAAGCUCGAACGUACACAGAUAAAUACGAACAAAAACAAAGAAAGAGUCGAACGUAUGCCCAGAUUCUUUACCUGCAAGUAACAAUAACCCUGUCAGGCUGCCCAACUCACCAGAUAAAAGGGGCGACACCCUGUCUCUUCUGCCUGCCUCCGCACCAGACCUGGCUCGGGCUUGCCUAAGUUCGAAUAUGGGAUGGUCGUUAUAUGGCCAGGGAGGCCUCCGGUGCAGCCCCGGGAAAAUAUUUUUAUUCAUAUAUUUUUCGGCGGGAGACCAUUCGUGACGGAUUGGGAGAGCAGUGAGGAGAGAUCCAGACUCCAGGAACCUUGCACGGACCGUGCCAGAGCUGUCCUAGCACAGUGACGCCCAAAGUCUCACUCCCCCGCCCCCCACCGCCCCGCCCGGGUUGGGGCCACCGACCGCCUCUCGGAGCUCGCCCUCUGCAGUUGGGGGCGAGUCCGAUUGGUUCAGCCAGCAAUGCUCCGGGCGUCCGCUAGGUGUGAGCCCAGCCACCAACCCGGCUCCGUCUCCGGGACAGUCACUGGACGCGGGCGGCGGACGCGGCUCCCGGGCUUCCGCCCGGGCCCCAAGUCUCCCCGGGGACGGGCGGGAGGCCCAGCAGCGACUCUUACCCCGAAGGGGCGUCCACGGCCGCGCAGCCUGGCCUCAGCUGUAGCCCCUGUCCGAGAAACCGUCGGCCGAGCAGCGCCACGGCCGCAGUGGUGGGGGCGUGGUCCCCUCUCCGCUCCAAGCUAGGAGCUUUCCGCCGGGCUGAGGCCCCUGAGGGAGAGACGGAAGUGGUUCCACUGGCUUAAGGAUGACAGUCCUAGGGCAGCCACGGAGUUGGAGCUGCCAGUGGUUGCCAGUCCUGAUACUGCUGCUGGGCUCAGGUUAUGAGCCAGGGGUGGAAGGUGUGACACACUACAAGGCCGGUGACCCCGUCAUUCUCUACGUCAACAAAGUGGGACCCUACCACAACCCUCAGGAGACUUACCACUACUAUCAGCUUCCGGUCUGCUGCCCUGAGAAGAUCCGUCACAAAAGCCUUAGCCUGGGUGAAGUGCUGGAUGGGGACCGAAUGGCCGAGUCUUUGUACGAGAUACGCUUUCGGGAGAAUGUGGAGAAGAGAAUUCUGUGCCACAUGCAGCUCAAUUCUGCACAGGUGGAACAACUUCGCCAGGCCAUUGAGGAACUGUACUACUUCGAAUUUGUAGUGGACGACUUGCCAAUCCGUGGCUUUGUGGGCUACAUGGAGGAGAGUGGCUUCCUGCCUCACAGCCACAAAAUAGGGCUCUGGACCCAUUUGGACUUCCAUCUAGAAUUCCAUGGAGAUCGAAUUAUAUUUGCCAAUGUCUCAGUGCGGGACGUCAAGCCCCACAGCUUAGAUGGGUUACGACCCGAUGAGUUCCUAGGCCUCACCCACACGUACAGUGUGCGUUGGUCUGAGACUUCAGUGGAACGUCGGAGUGACAGGCGCCGUGGUGAUGAUGGUGGUUUCUUUCCCAGAACACUGGAAAUCCACUGGUUGUCCAUCAUCAAUUCCAUGGUGCUUGUGUUUUUACUGGUGGGUUUUGUGGCUGUCAUUCUCAUGCGUGUGCUUCGAAACGACCUGGCUCGAUACAACUUGGAUGAGGAGACUACAUCUGCAGGUUCUGGUGAUGACUUUGACCAAGGUGACAAUGGCUGGAAAAUUAUCCAUACAGACGUCUUCCGCUUCCCUCCAUACCGUGGUCUGCUCUGUGCUGUGCUUGGUGUGGGUGCCCAGUUCCUGGCCCUUGGCACUGGCAUUAUUGUCAUGGCGCUGCUGGGCAUGUUCAAUGUGCACCGUCAUGGGGCCAUUAACUCGGCAGCCAUCUUGUUGUAUGCCCUGACCUGCUGCAUCUCUGGCUACGUGUCCAGCCACUUCUACCGGCAGAUUGGAGGCGAGCGUUGGGUGUGGAACAUCAUUCUUACCACCAGCCUCUUCUCUGUGCCUUUCUUCCUGACGUGGAGUGUGGUGAACUCCGUGCAUUGGGCUAAUGGUUCGACACAGGCUCUGCCAGCCACCACCAUACUGCUGCUGCUGACAGUUUGGCUGCUGGUGGGCUUUCCCCUCACGGUCAUCGGAGGCAUCUUCGGGAAGAACAAUGCUAGCCCCUUUGACGCACCUUGUCGCACCAAGAACAUCGCCCGGGAAAUCCCACCCCAGCCAUGGUACAAAUCUACACUCAUCCACAUGACUGUUGGAGGCUUCCUGCCUUUCAGUGCCAUCUCUGUGGAGCUCUACUACAUCUUUGCCACAGUCUGGGGUCGGGAACAGUACACUCUGUAUGGCAUCCUCUUCUUUGUCUUCGCCAUCCUGCUGAGCGUGGGGGCAUGCAUCUCCAUUGCGCUCACCUACUUCCAGUUGUCUGGGGAGGAUUACCGCUGGUGGUGGCGAUCUGUGCUGAGUGUUGGCUCCACUGGGCUCUUCAUCUUCCUCUACUCCGUUUUCUACUAUGCCCGGCGCUCCAACAUGUCAGGGGCGGUACAGACAGUAGAGUUUUUUGGCUACUCCUUACUCACUGGUUAUGUCUUCUUCCUCAUGCUAGGCACCAUCUCCUUUUUUUCUUCCCUAAAGUUCAUCCGUUAUAUCUAUGUUAACCUCAAGAUGGACUGAGUUUUGAGUGACAAAAUUAUUGCUCUUCUCCCAUUCUUCACGUCAAGAGGCCCACUGAUCUUUCUUACCAACGUCUCUUCUAAUUGACUGAAUUGUGUGAUGGCAUUGUUGCCUUCCCCUUUGCCCUUUGGGCCUCCUUUCCCCCGGAGAGCCUGAAAAUUACAAAUCUCUAUUAUAUAAGGAGUAUAUAUUUGAACUUUUUAAGUUGCCUUUAGUUUUCGUCCUGAUUUUUCUUUUUACAAUUAUCAAAAUAAAAUUUAUUAAGAAAAAGGAUCCUGUAGUUGGGGGGUUGGUCUGGAAAUAGGAACUCAAGCCGUGCCGUUAGGGGCACUGUCCCUUAGGAAGCCGGGUCGGCCGC